AUGUCUGAUGAUUUGAGCAAGUACGGGUCGGCGCUUAACUCAAGCAUUGCCGACGCGAAUAGCAAGGUACAGCUGGCGGAUGGAAUCUUGUCCAUCAGCAACCAGGCCAGCUCCGCGAAUCUGGCAUUGCUAGCUCGUGCCGGGUCUGAAACAAGGGAAAGGAGAGGCUUGACCCCGACUCCAGAGGGGCAAGCGGCGAAGUCGCAAUACGAACAGAGCCGAGGAAACUCUUCGGAAAACAUUGGGCUGAUGUGGAUGAAGAUUAACGAUUUGCAAGAAGCAAGUAAGAAGGAGGGAUUCAAGUAA